UUCAGAAGGUGUUGUCUAAUACGGUUUAGUGGAGUCACGUAGGGGUUCUAAUACAUGCAUCGGCAGGGCUUCUGGCCUGUUAUUGACAACGCUUACACGCGACAUAUUCACAAGCUUGCAGGAAAUAAUUUGAUCCCUGAAUACGUCUAGUGAUUACGAAUUUCGAAAUCUUGUUAUACUGGAAAGCAAGUCACAGGUGGGACAAGCUGAGAUGUGAAUGGAUAGGCUGUUCGGCGCUGCCAGUGAGCGGCGCCAUGGCGCCCGGGCUGCUCCUCUGUGCUGCAUGGUAUUACACCAUACUAGCUGGAUUCUAUAUCUUGUACUGUCCGGUCAUGUAUCUAAUGUUCUUCAAUCACAAACUAUAUAGGAAGAUUGUUGAUGUCCUUUUUGCGUUAUGGGAAUUGUAUCCAGUGGCGCUUUUCCAAUGGUGCUCUAACGCGGAAAUGCAUCACUAUGGUGAUUACGUAAAUCCGGAUGAAAGGACCAUCAUUGUUAUGAACCAUCGCACACGAGUGGACUGGAAUUAUGUUUGGAUAGCAUUGUACCACGCUACUCAAAGCGGUAUCGAGUGUGCAUGUAAAAAGAAACCUAAUGCAGAAACUACAGAGUGCCAUAUACUGGAUGUCGGUGGACGAUCUAAGAUCAAGUUCGUAUUAAAGGACGAGCUAAAGGCCGUUCCCGGAAUGGGCUGGAUAAUGCAGCUGAACUUUUUCCUAUACGUCAAGAGGAAUUGGCGCGAGGAUCAGCUGAGCCUGGCGCAGUUCGUAGCCUACUACAAGAGACUGAGCUGCCCCUGUCGAAUAGUGCUGUUCCCGGAAGGAACGGACUUGAGCGAGGAGAAUAAACGACGCAGCGAGAGAUUCGCAACAACACAUAACUUGCUAUUGUACGAGUACGUGCUUCACCCCCGCACCACAGGGUUCGCAGCGCUGUGCUCACGGCUCCGCGGUGCCGGGCUCGCGUCUGUAUAUGACGUCACCGUAGCGUACGAUGUCCCCGCGCAGACCGAGGCCGACCUGCUGCGAGGGCAUAUGCCGAAACACAUCUACUUCCACUUUAAGCGCUACGCCAUUGACGAUCUUCCACUCGAAGACGAUAUGCUCAAGUCAUGGCUGAAUGACCGUUGGCGCGAAAAAGAAACCAGUUUACGGAAAUUCCAUAAAAACGGCCAGUUCGUAGACAGCACAACUAAGGAGCCUACCGCGGAGCGGCCGCCGCGCUCCCUCCACGUGGCGCUGCUCGGGUUCAUCUUCUGGCUGCUAGUCGACGCUCUGUUCGCCUACGCGCUGCUCACAAACGUCCUGUUCCGCUUCUGGGUCCUCUAUCACACACUCUUAUUUAUAUUCGUUACAUGGUACUUCGGCGGGUUUCAAAACAUUCAAUAUAAACUAUCCGAAAGUCUAAAGGUGUAGCAAGUCUAUUAUUUCAUUAGGUAAAAAUGAGAUGUGUAAAUUAAGAAAAGUUGUGUAGGUACUUAAAUUAUAUUCUGUGAAUUCUCAUUAUAUGCCAAAGAUUGUACCUACUUAUUUAGGAAUAUACAUUAACCAUUCCAUUAUCACAUACGUACAUAUUUUAAGAUUAUAAAUGCUCAAUAAAUUAGAUAUCACAUU